UCGUGGUGUGUGUAUGUAUCUGUGUGUUUUCUGGGCAUGCGCUUGAUGAGAACUUAGGGAAAGAACUCCCCCCAGUGUAGAUGUGAUCGUCACUCUGCUCUCUCACUGCCUCUGAUGGCGAGUCCACCCCCUCGCCGAUAACUCCCGCCGACCCUGGCUAUCACUGCUAGUGCAUGUUCAGUGCUUUACCCGCCAGCGCGGAAGAGACUACAGUUGUGAAGAGGAGAGGAGAGAGGAGAGGAGAGAAGAGAGGAGAGAGGAGGAGAGAAGAAGUGAGGAGAGAGGAGAGAAAAAGAGAGAGGAGAGAAGAAGAGAGGAGAGAGAGAGGAGAGAAGAAGAGAGGAGAGGAGAGGAGAGAAGAACUGAUCUCAGGGCUGCCGGCGGCGCAUCGUGUGACUGCGUGCAUGUGAAUGGGACGAGUGAGUGGAGCCGGAGAGAGGGAGCUGAUGGCCAGUGUCACGACUGAGUUGAUUUGAAGGGGAUAGCCAGCCGGUGUGUUUGGAGGCGGUCCACUGCCUCUCCGUGUUUCCCCCGCUGCCCGCGCAGCGGACAAUAGUGGAGCGGGGAGCUGGGUGAAGCCAGUAGCAGCAGUAGCAGCAGCAGCGAUUUAUGCAGAGUGCCCGCCGAGCCUGAAGUGGUGGUGAUGAACUGCGUGCGUGGCAUGAAGAGGCUGGAGGCCCCAUUCAGUGUCCUGUCUCUGCGAUGGAUUGAGUCCUAGGAUGCCUCUUGUCACCGGUGCAUUUGCACACAGUCUGCCGCGGGUCCCAUGCGAUGGGAGCACCACGAUCCACCAUGAGUGAGAACACGGAUGAGCAGAGCUUGUACAGCAAUGCUGUGGCGUGGCUCAUCUGCUCGGGGGUCUCGCUUCUCGCCAACACCUGGGGCAUCCUGAGUGUCAGCGCCAAGCAGAAGAAAUGGAAGCCGCUGGAGUUCCUCAUCUGCACGCUAGCUGGGACACACAUCCUCAACGUUGCCAUCCCCAUUACCAUGUACUCCGUCAUCCAACUCCGGAGACAGCACUCUGACUAUGAAUGGAACGAGGGCUUGUGCAAAGUGUUUGUGUCCACUUUCUACACACUCACCCUGGUGACUUGUUUCUCCGUGACCUCUCUGUCCUAUCACCGCAUGUGGAUGGUACGCUGGCCCGUCAACUACAGGUUGAGUAACACCAAGAAGCAAGCGGUGCACACAGUGAUGGGGAUCUGGAUGGUGUCGUUCAUCCUCUCCACCCUGCCUGCAGUGGGCUGGCACGACACCACUGAACGCUUCUACGCCAAGGACUGCCGCUUCAUCGUCACAGAGAUCGGCCUGGGCUUUGGGGUUUGCUUCCUGCUCUUGAUCAGCGGGAGUGUAGUGAUGGGGGUGGUAUGCAUCGUCAUCACCCUCUUUCAGACGUUCACCGUCCACGCUGGGGACAACCUCAAUAAGAACAAAUUCAACGUGCCCACAAUUGUGGUGGAGGAUGCACAAGGUAACCGGAGAUCGUCCAUAGAUGGCUCUGAACCAUUAAAAACCUCUCUCCAGAUCACCUAUUUGAUCAGUGGAAUGGUCUUUAUCUAUGACUUUUUGACUGGAUUCCCCAUUUUGGUGGUGAGCUUUGCUAGUCUCAAGUACGACACCUCGUACUCCUGGAUGGUGCUGUGCUUCCUGUGGUGUUCCAUCGUGCAGUCCAUCCUUCUCCCGUUGUUCCUUUGGGCUUGUGACCGCUACAGGGCCAACGUGAAAAGCGUCUGGGAGAAAUGUGUAGCGAUCAUGUCCAACGAUGACACAGAUGAAGAAAACAAUCAAGAUGGAGCAAUUCACCCUGAAUCUUUCUAUGAAAGACCCUACGAAUAUAACUGCACCCCUGAGAUUCUGACAGUGGACCGCAUUGCCAAAUACGACUUCUCAUUACUGGAAAGGGGAGUUCCACAAGUAUACCCAAUGAGGGAGAUGCACGAGGAUAAGAUGCAUUAUUUACAGAUGUUAAGACAAACACGAAUCUCAAAACUGCCGGCAAAAUGAAUUCCCCAGUGGGCCUGUGAGAUACCCCAUUGUGCCGGGGCUUGUCGAUCGGCACACUUGCACGGCGCUAUCUUAAGUCCGCUGUGUGCUCCUUGACUCAGUUCCUAUCGAGGAUUAUCUGUUUUUUAUGGAAAAUUGGAAAUUGGAAUUGCAGCAAAAGAUUUGGACAAGAUUGACCUAAUUUUUCUCUUUUAAAAUAUCCUUAGCUGCUUUAUGUCAUUCAUUAAUGGACUGCCAGAAUGGGAAGCAGCCCAGUGACAUGUAAUGGACUGUCGAGUGCCUAGGAGUGCUGCUUUGGUGCAUAUCCGGGAGGCUGACUUUAUUAUGGGUUCUUUCUACCUGGAGUGGCACUAUAAACGCGCUUUCUUCCCUCACGACUGUUGAGAAACUGAGAAUAAAGGCCAAGACUUAGUGUAGGAUACUGUCGAGAUUGAAAAGAAGUCUCGAUAAAUUAGGAAGUAGUUAUUAGGUGAUGCUAAGGUUGGGUUUUAAAGGCUUGAAGAUUAUAAGGAAUGCAAGACUGAUGGAGGUAAGGAUUGUCACGGCUUUAACCCACCCAGCUUCCCAUCCCAGCAAAAAACGUUCCCAUCACUGAAGGUGCUUCUUCCUCCCCUUUGAAAUCAAUUGGCAUCAGUGUUCUCCACACCAAGCCCUCUGCCAAUGCAAAGAAGCGCCAUGACCCAUCACCCUGACCUAACCACCCAUCAAGACUCAGAGACUAGCCACAGGAAGACACCUAUAGGGCAUCUAUCUCCCAGAACAAGUGACAGCAGGCCAAGAUGAACAGAAAGGGAUGCAAAAUGUCAGCGAAUCUAUAAUGUGGAACCCGCUCCCUUAUCCGUCUGUGUGUUGUUGAAGAGAUGAAAUACAAUAUCUCUUGUUCAGGGUUUAUUUUUUCAUAAACCGUACCUCAGUCUUGUAUUCUAUCAUAAAUACCCAGCCAACAAAGAUUAUUUAUGAUCAUGAAUUUUAAUGUCAUGUCACAUGUUAAAAGAAUGAUCCAUUCUAUAUGGAGUUAAUAAUAUUCAGUUGGGUAUAAGAAAGGGAGUGGUCCUUGGUUCCGACAGCUCUGUAGCUGCUUCUCACCAAUGUCACCCCUGUGUAUAUUCCAACUAUUGUUUGACGAUCUCAUCCAUGUCUCUAUGAUUAUGUGCUGUGUUUUUGUCGUGCUGCAUUCUUUUAUGUAUUGAAUUGCAAUGGCCUUGCAGAUGCUAGAAUAAACAGGCAUGACUCACAGAGAAGGUGCCGAGAUGCCAUUAAUUUGAACCUUGCUGAGCAUCCAAGCACACCUCAGCUCCGUACAAAGACUGCCCCUUGUAACACUGCCCAUCUCCUUCCGCCUCCCCACAGCUCAUCUGCUGUCGACAUUUGUACAUGUGCCUUUAUUGUCUCGAGUAUUUGCUGAUCUGAGCGAGACCUCUCCUCCAUUCUCAGUGUGGUCAGCAUCGUACCCCAUACCAAGUCCUGUUUACAUAUCACUUCCGUAUUCGCUGAAAAUAACAGUCAAGUCCAAUGACGUUCAAAAUAACAUUUCCCUCUUAACCGUGCCUCUUUGAAAUUCGUGCCCUCCCUAUUUCUGGAAUCCACUCCAGCUGUGAGAAUUUGGUGUUCCUCCAAUUCAGACCUGUGAUUCCUCCCCAUGCCCCACAGUUGCUGGAUGAGCCUUCUUCCAUCAAAGCCUAAAGCUGUAUUAGAAGUUCUAUUGAGAUGAGAUUCAGCUGCACAAUGAGAUGAGAUUCAGCUGCACAAAGGUUAUGGCUGGGCAGCACAAAACUUGAUCCACUCCAUUCAUAUUCAAUAAACGUCAGGUCAUCGGUCCAGUCUUUGAGGUUUCUGGCUUUCAUCUGCACCCUAAACACUGUAUCAAAUCACACGAAUGUGGGGUAUGGAAUAUGUUGGCACAAGGAGCUGUUGAUACUGCUUACUAAAAAAGACACCAAUGCUGGAGUAACGCAGUGGCUCAGGUAGCAGCUCUGGGGAACAUGGCCAUAUAGGUGAUGUUUCGGGUCUGAAGAUGGGCCCGAAACUAAAACCUCACAUGUUCUCUGGAGAUACUGGCUGACCCACUAAGUUACUCCAGAACUUUGUGUUUUUUUAAUAUGGAAUAUGUUCCUAUUUUUUCACAUCGUCAAACUGCAUUGAUGGUGAGGUGCAGUCAUGAAUCCACAUUGUCCAAACUUUAUUUACCUGGGACUGGCGAGUUAUAAUAUCACAAUAUACCAUGUGAACCUUCACCACCUCUGCCACUGCAUGCACUUGACACAUGGGUUCCCUUCCUAAACCUUGGUACUUCCCAUCCCCACUUUAAAACCCAUGACCUAAGGGUCACACCAUAACAAAAGCACCUUCUCUGACUCAAUGUCAGUUUUCAUCUGGUGACAUGAUGGUGGUGACAUGUAAAUGCAAGCUGCUGUGGAUGGCGUGAGAUAAUUGUCCAUGGAUAUCUUAAAGCGUGGUGCACCUAGAUCUUCAAAUAAUAAAAUCAUUUUCCAGAACAAAAUACUGUUGCUAAAACCCAUCUGGGAAAAUCCACGAACUGUCUUCUUCCUCUCUCUGAUUCUCUAAAAAUUGGUCAACUCGAAAUCUCCAGAUAGAACAGGAAUACAAAGAUCAGCAGACAGUUCACAAGCUGCUUGGUUAAGAAAUAACUUGGUCUUCUGAAAGACCAAACACGAUAGCCUAUGCAAUAUAACUUUAUUACAGUGUUUUAUGAUCAAUGAUUUAGAGGUGUAUUUUAAAUUGUGUUUCUUGCAGGAAAGUAAGUGAUUUAUUUCUGCUUUCCCUUCUCCUUCCCCUGAAGGUGUCGGGCUCUAGGGCACGUAGCUCUCUGAUAACUUGGCCACAUGUCCAUUAUUUGUAUUUCACUCCCAACACUGAGUAUCUGCCCAUUUUGAUUGGGAGGUAUGGUUCACAAUGGAGGCAACAAUGCAUCUUCUCGCUACAUCUAGAAAUGACUGAAUGCCGACCAGACAUAAGGUCAUUCACCAAUUUCUCCCUGAGGAAUCUUUGGUCAUGAGUUCACCUCAGAGAGGUGAGAACGGUUCAUUCCAUGCCAAUGAGGGAGCUUUCUGGUCUUUAUAGGCUGUCUUUCUCGUGGAUGACCUUUAAGUCUGUCUACUCUCCAACAAAAGCUUGCAUUUAAAUGUCCCUGAUAACAUUUGAAAAAGCUCCAAGGCUCAUCAUGUGAAUGUUAUUGAAGAAAAAAGUGUUUGACAUCAAGCCACCCUCACAUGGAGAGAUGAGAACAGAUGAACUGAAGCCUGGUCGGAGAGGAGGAGCAAGAGGUGGAGUGGCAGAUGUUGAGGGAAGACAUGGCUGCCAGUGCUAGUGGUUUUAAAAACUGGCACUCACAAGGCCUUAGAAUGAGAAGAAUGCAGAGACUGGAACAGAACGAGGUUAGAUGACAUUACAGAGACGGGGAGCAGUGGCUGACAUGAUUUGAGAAUAAGGAAUGGGAAUAUUAAAGAAGAGGCAUGUUGGAUCUAUUGGAGUUAAGAUCCAGGCGGCAGAUGUCCGGCACAAGCCACUGUGUGACUCAGUACGGAGCACUGCAGCUUCUGAGUCAGAGGAGUGCGAGUUCAAGACCCACUCCAGGAACUUUUUCCAUGAAUAUUCAAAUUCAAACUUCAGAGCAGUACUGACAGAGUGCCACACAGCUUACCUUUAUUAAUACAUGACCUUAUAUACGGGCAUUUUGAAGAAGAGCAUUGGAAUGCAUAUAUUCUUAGUAAUACAAUGCAGAAACGGGCCCUUCUGCCCAACUCAUUCAUGCUGACCAAUAUGCCCCAUCUAUGCUAGUCUCAUUUGCCCACAAAUGGCCCAUAUCCCUCUUAGCUUUUCCUAUCCAUGUAUUUGUCCAAGUAUCUUUCAAAUGUUGUUAUUUCACCUGCAUCUCCUCUGGCAGCUCAUUCCAUAUAUUCACCACAUUCUGAGGGAAAAAGUUGUCCAUAAAGUUCCUAUUCAAUAUUUCGCUUCUCACCUGAAACCUAUGUCUUCUGGGUGUUGAUUCCUCUACCCUGGAUAAAAGAUUCCAUGCAUUCAUCCUGUCAAUUGCCCUUAUGAUUUUAUCCAUCUCAAGAAGAUCAUCCCUUACCCUCCUGUGCUCCAAGGAAUAAAGUCUUAGCUUGCCCAGUCUCUCCCUAUAGCUCAGGCCCUCAUGUCCUGGCAACAUCCUCAUAAAUCUCUGCACUCUUUCCGGCUGAAUGCCAUAACCAUCUAGAAAAACACCUAGCUCGUAUCCAUUGAUCACUUGCCAGAGUUUCUCCACCCACUGCUACAAUCAGUCUGAAGAAGGAUCCCGACCCAAAACAUCACCUAUCCAUGUUCUGCAGAGAUGCUGCCUGACCCGCUGAGUUACUCCAGCACUGUGAAACAUCACCUAUCCAUGGUCUCCAGAGAUGCUGCCUGACCCGCUGAGUUACUCCAGCACUGUGAAACGUCACCUAUCCACAUUCUUCACAGAUGCUGCCUGACCCGCUGAGUUACUCCAACACUUGCGUCUUUUAUCAAACACCGACAUCUUCAUUUCCUUGUCUCUACAGGACACGUAAUGUAAUCAGUAUCACAUGAUUAUUCAAUGGGAGCUUUUGUCUUCCGUUACAACAGAGUUACUUCAUUAGUUGUAAUGUGUUUUGAAUUCUCCUCUUGAUUUCUGGGUCAUCCGUUUUCAGAAGCACGUACUAAUUUAAGACGGAGCUUGCAGCCUGUCACGCCCCAGUCAACACCUCAAUGUGCAGUACAACCAAUGCAGUACAGCUAUUGAUGCGAUUGAAAAGCCUGCAUCCCCCCCUCCCACUGUGUAACUACCACUGGCAGAUAUGCCUUCAGCGGUCUGGGUCUCCAGCUCUGGACCCCUCCCGUCUCACCACCCUCUUUACCUCUGCCUCCCUGACCAAGCUUAUGGGCAUUCUCUCUCAUACUGUUUGUCCUGUGCUGGAUGUCAAAUGUGUCUGCUCUCACUUCUGUGAAAUGUUACUUGUUUUUGCUGUGCUGAUUUUUGUUGUUUAUUUUUUGUCCAAUUAUCUUGUUGCAAAUAUAAUGAGAUAUAAAAAUACUGACAACUGUGAGAGCACAUUGUCAGGGCUAAUUGCAAAUAAAUAUGGAGAAAUACAAUAGCAGCGGCAAGACAUUGCCAUCAUAAUUGAUAUUCUAAGUCGGGCCCACUGGUAAUUAGCAGGUGACUUCACAGAUGCGUUGUACACGGGGAAAGAGAGAAAUAAAUGCCUGUGGCUAUAUUUGGAAUGCAAGGAAGACCUAUCAUAUCCUGCUUGUUCUGUGUUCAUAUUUCCAUCACCCAGCAUCCUGUCUUACAAAUAUACAGCCGUGUGCUGCAUUUUUUUGAUCAUAACUCCACACUGGGGCAGUAUUGUAUCUGUUUCAUCUGCCACAGCCGUACAAUACAUGUGAUGCCCCCUCUCGGCACCCCCUCACCCUUUAGCUUCUGUGCCAUCUGACAAAUCACUUCAACAAAUGGAAAGAGGAAGAUUAUUUCAGGGUUAGUUUGCUCUGUACUUCAACCUCCAGGAGAGAAUUGUAGCUUGAGAUGAACCCACCUUCUUGGUGGCGAAGGGGAGUCAAGGCAGGGAUGCCUAUGUGUUGAUUGAGUAAAUUGGAUUGUGAGGAGCUGGUAGGGUUACCCAAGCUAGUCAAUUAAUUGAGAGGCCAAUAAGACUUCCUUCACCCUGCCACAUUCUCCUCUAUGUCUCUUAGGUUCCUCCAACCAGGCGCUACUCCCACGAUGAGACAGAUGUGUGGGCAACAAAGCAGAUAACUUCAUACCUUCACAGAUGGGGGUCUUCAGAGAAUAUCGCUGGAGUUCUGCACUACAGCUCCCCCCGGCACGAGCGGAGG